AUGGUUGAUCGAACCCAUCCCGGUGCGAUCAUCAAUCUCCGGCCGCAGCUGGGGGAGCAACGCUCGCAAUCCCACGAGACCUUCCGCAGCGGCGCCCCGUCGCCGCGCAUCGAACACUACGAUGGAGAAAUCCCCCCCGCUCUCUCGCCCCUGGACGCUUUCGCCGCCCAGGGUCGGCUGCUGGCUCGCCAGCUCGAAGAGUCCGCCCAACGGGACCGCCGCUUGAGUCGUCUACCUCCGGCCAGCGUCGCCCGCUCUCUGUCCCAACCGCGACCGGGUUACUUCCGAUCCCCGUCCUCGGGGGAAUUGUCGCGAGGCGCCCCCCGCAGCCUUUCCCGCCAACAUACGCACACCACCAACGUCGAGGUGGAGGAACCGCAGUUUCGCCCGCAGUCCGAACACCCCCGUCUCAGCGCAGUCUCGCACUUGGCAAAUGAACAGGGCGAUCCCCGCGAUGAUAGAGGACAUGUCCAUCUCCGACCACCCGGGGACCCCCGUCGCUUCUAUGCCCCCGCGCCUCCAGGCGUCUCGUUGACCGGCCCACCUCGCACCUCCUCCUCCGAUUCCGCCUCGCGACUCAACGUUGCGCGCCACAACUUGGCCCCGCCGAUCUCGCCCUUCUCGCGGCCGUCCACCGGCUCGCGGGGCCCGCAGCCCGAGAGCUCCGACGACGACUACAGCAGCUCGAACGCCGGCUCGACCUUCUCCAAACCGCGCAAGCUCUCCUCCGGCAGUGUCAUGUCGAUGCCCCAAUCGCCCAUGUCCUCGAUGAACCGGUCGUCGCGCCCGCGCUCCCCAUCCAUCAACUCGGAGACCUCCAACAACGGCAACCACCUCACCCGCCCCUCCUUUAACUUCUCGCGCCCCCUCAGCCGGUCCAGCACCAGCCUCUCCGCCCCGCAGAUGGGGGCCCCGAACCCCCCACCCCCCAUGCCCGCACGCACCUCGGCCUCCUACAUCUACGCCAAGUACUCGCUCCCGCGCGGCCGCAUGACGUCCCGGGAUUCGAUCGUCUUCUCCGGACUGCAGACGCCGCACUUCGAGUGGCAGGAACCGCUGUUUGAGGGCACGGAGCAGCUGCUGAGUCCCACGGGACGGCCCCGCUCGGCGCGCUCCCCGUCGCCCCCGCCGUCGCGGCAGUCGGCCUCGUCGCUCAAGGCCCGCUCGCUCCACGAACCCGCCGCGCACGAGCGCCGUCUGUUGACGCCGGAGCCCGCCGUCUCGCCCUCCGCUCGGGCCCCGCCCUCGCCGGAGGCGACCACCCCCCAGUCGGCGCCCGGCGGACCGUCUGCGCCGGAGACCUCAAUCCCCGAGGACCGGACCGACGCGACGUCCUCGGCAGAUUCCGCGUCGACCGUGCGCCCCCAGACCGCCCGGUCCUCCGCGACGGCAUCGUCGGUCGUCACGGCCGAUGACCAUGUGUCCAAGGGGAUUGAAUGCCACGAGAAGGGCUCGCUGAAGGAAUCCACCUACCACCUGCGCAUCGCGGCUAAGCAGAACCACCCGACCGGGAUGCUGCUCUACGCGCUCGCCUGCCGACACGGGUGGGGCAUGCGCCCCAACCAGCGCGAGGGGGUGCAGUGGCUACGCAAGGCGGUGGGCUCGGUCGGUCCAGAGUUGAUGGACGAGGCCAACACGUCGGUCCCCGCCAAGACGCGCGAGCUGCAGAAGACGUACCGAGCCCAGUUCGCCCUGAGCGUCUACGAGCUGGGGGUGAGCCACCUGAACGGGUGGGGCAUUGAGCAGGACAAGGUGCUUGCGCUCCGCUGCUUUGAGAUUGCCGGCCAGUGGGGUGAUGGCGACGCGCUGGCGGAGGCGGGCUACUGCUACGCCGAGGGGGUGGGCUGCAAGAAGGACCUGAAGAAAGCCGCGCGCCUCUACCGGGCGGCGGAGGCCAAGGGACUCAGCAUGGUUGGAAAUAGCUGGAUCUACAAGGAGAAAUACAUGUCCGAUGAGGAAGCGAAUGCGUCGUCGUCGCGCGGCCGCGGCCGAGCGAACGGCACGCCCGACAAGAAACAACAGCUGCGCAACAAGUCUCGCACCCGCAGUCUGUUCCAACGCAAGAAGUCGACCACCGCGGAAGCCUGA